UGUUUUAGCUAAAAAUUUUACACAUUUAAUUUUAAUCGGUAAUGAUAUUAUGAAAGCUGUUGGACUUGUACUUGAUAUUCAAGCUAAUAAAAUGUGGCUACGUAGUGAACCUAAUCUUAAAUAUGAUAUUUCAUCUGAUAUUAUAAAUGCAGGACGCAUUGAUGUUCCACUUUUUUCUACUCAAUUACGAACUGUUCCACCAUAUCAUAUUGCAUUUAUUCAAGUUAAGACACCAUCAUCUCUUUCAUCUGAUGCUUGGGAUGCAUCAAUUAGUGGUAUACGUCGACAUGUUAUCGCUGCUAAUUCUUUAGUUCGUAUCGAAAAUCAAUGUUGCUUUAUUCAAGUUGCUAAUUGUUCGUCAAAGCCUCAAGUCAUUUAUCCUGGUCAACAUUUGGCCAUUGCUGACUUAUACGAUGAUGAUACUAAUGAAAUUACUCAGGCACUGCCAAUUUUAUCAUUAACAACAGCACCAACAUCAUCAACAUUCAAUUUCAAUAAAAAUGAUUCUUCUCAUAUAAUUAAUUGUUUUACUGAGUUUCACGAAUUACCAAAUCAAGGUGAUCAGAAGAAGGAACUGUUCUCUAUUUGUAAUCAUCGAACCAAACAUGUUUCUCAAUUGCAUGAUAAAAGUAACCUCAAAUAUUUUAAUAAUCAUUUUCUAAAAUUAGAUUCACACAAUAUUCAAAAUUCUAUGAUAUUGCCUCUUCAUUCUAAUAUCUCGUCUAAUACUUCUUUUAAUGAAAAUUUUAAUACAUCAACUACUAAUUCAUUCGACUUUUUAACCAAUUUAAAUCUUUCUGAUACUGAUCUUACAAUACAUCAAAUUGACCAACUAAAAUCUCUUCUUCUUAAAUAUUACAAAUGUUUUGAAGAUACAUUAGGACGUACUUCUCUUGUUCAACAUCAUAUUGACACUGGUAAUGCUAAGCCUAUUAAAUUGCGUCCUUAUCGUGUUUCACCUUAUCGUAAAGAAAUAAUAAGUAAUGAAAUUACAAAAAUGUUAAAUGCCGGUAUUAUCGAACCAUGCGCCAGUCCUUAUGCUGCACCUAUUACAUUACAACCGAAGAAAGAUGGAUCUUUACGGUUUUGCAUUGAUUAUCGAGAACUUAAUUCUGUUACUGUACGUGAUGUUUAUCCGAUACCUCGUAUUGAUGAUACACUUGAUCAACUACAGCAUGCAAAAUACUUUUCAUCUAUGGAUCUUCGUUCCGGUUUUUGGCAAAUUGAACUUGAUCCAGCUAGCCGAGACAAAACUGCUUUUAUUUCUCAUGCCGGUCUUUUUCGAUUUCGUGUUAUGCCAUUUGGUUUAACUAAUGCUCCAGCUACAUUUCAACGUCUUAUGGAUUUAGUAUUAGGUGGUUUAAAGUGGUCAUGUGCACUUGUUUAUCUUGAUGAUAUAAUUGUUUAUUCAUCAUCCUUUACGGAUCAUCUAAAUCAUCUCGAACUCGUGCUUCAACAAAUACAACAAAGUGGUUUAACAUUAAAAAUUAAUAAAUGUCAUUUUUGUAAAACUCAUCUUAAAUAUCUCGGUCAUAUUGUUUCUAAAGAAGGUAUUCGUCCUGAUCCUGAUAAACUUCGUGCUGUACAGGAAUAUCCUGUUCCAACAAAAUUAAAAGCUGUUCGUACUUUUCUCGGUCUUACAAGUUAUUACCGUCGUUUUAUUAAAAAUUAUGCCACAAUUGCCGAACCUCUAACCGAACUUACACGCAAUUCUGAAUCAAAAUCAUUUCAAUGGACUGAAGCAUGUCAACAAGCAUUUUCAACAUUACGUCAACGUCUAAUCGAAGCUCCAAUUAUUGUCUAUCCUCGAUUCGAUCAACCGUUUAUUUUGCAAUUAGAUGCUUCUGAUGUCGGUAUUUCUGCUAUUCUUGCUCAAAAAUUAAGUGAUGAUGAUAAUAUUACUCGUGAGCAUGUAAUAGGUUAUGCCAGUCGUACUUUAUCAGCAGCUGAACGUAAAUAUAAUGCAACAGAACGUGAAUGUUUAGCUAUUAUUUACGGCUGUAAUUAUUAUCGACCAUAUCUUGAAGGUACUCGGUUUACUGCUAUUACUGAUCAUAAAGCUCUUAAAUGGCUUCAUUCAACUAAAGAUCUUAACACUCGAUUAGCACGUUGGGCAAUCCAAAUUGCCGCCUAUGAUAUGGAUAUUCAACAUCGACCCGGUAGUGAAAACGGUCCUCCUGAUGCACUUUCACGUUAUCCAUUAGAUGUUAUGGAUGACGUUGAUACUGAUUCUUCUUCUAUUAUAUCUUUACUUUCAUCUAAUUCACACAAUACAAAUUAUAGUGACCUUUUAUCUUCAAUUCCAGUUGAUCUUGGCUCAUUAUUAUUACUUGAUUAUUUUCGACAAAAUUCAUUACCACCAAAUUCAUUAUCAAUUCCAAUAUCAUUACCAUCCAUUUCUACUCAAUCAUCUAAUUCACUUGUAGCUAAUCUUUAUCUUGCUGAUAAUAUUAAUUUAUAUGAACAAAUUCGUACUGCUCAGUGGAAUGAUUCUUCACUUUUACCAUUACUGAAUUUUCUUCAACAUCAAAUUAUACCAACAACUGACAAUCUUAAUAAAUUUUAUGGCUUAGCACGUUUACAUCGAGUUAUUGAUGGAGCUCUUUAUCGUGUAUUUCGUAAUCAUUAUCCAACUGAAGGUCAACAUUUUAAUACAUCAUUAUCAUCUGAACGUGUACUUCUCGUUAUUCCUACUUCCGAAAUACCUCGAAUUAUGGAACUUGCUCAUGAUCAUGCUACAGCUGCUCAUUUAGGUCGUCGAAAAACAUUAUUUCGGUUAACUUCACGUUUUUAUUGGCCACAUAUGCGCCGUGAUGUUACUAAUUAUGUACGAGCAUGUACUUUAUGUCAACAAUAUAAGCCGACUAAUCAAAAACCAGGUGGUUUUAUGAAACCUGUAAUUGUUUCAGAACCAUGGCAUACAGUCGGUAUUGAUAUUACUGGUCCAUUACCGAAAACUCGUCGUGGUAAUCGUUUUAUUCUCGUGGUGGUCGAUUAUUUUACAAAAUGGAUAGAACUUUUUCCACUUCAAUCUAUUAAAGCAAAUACUAUAGCUCAAUUAUUCCUCGAUGAAGUUAUUUGUCGAUUUGGAUUUCCUAUUCGUGUUAUAUCUGAUAAUGGUGUACAAUUUCUUUCUAAAAUUUUUAUUCAAUUAUGCAACAUUCUCGGUAUUCAUCAUCAACGUACACCUCUUUAUCAUCCACAAAGCAAUUUAAGUGAACGAAUUAACCGUACGUUAAAACCUAUACUAGCAUCAUUUGCUCAUAAUGAUUCAAAAUCGUGGGACAUUAAAUUGCCUCAAAUUGCUUUUGCAUUACGCACUGCUCCAAGUGAAUCAACAGAUAAUUCACCUGCUUUCUUAAUGUUCGGACGUCAUCCACGUCAACCACUCGAUUUUCUUCUACCAACUCCUGAUGUUUCUGAUACUUUACCAUCAAUGAAUGAAUUAUCUGCUUAUCGUCAACGAUUAAUUGCUGACUUAUUACCUGCUUAUACAACUGCACGUGAAUUACUCGAUAUUUCUCAUGAAAAACAAGCACGUAAUUAUAAUGUUCAUCGUCGUCCAUUAGACUUCGAACCCGGUGAUUUAGUAUGGAUGACUAGUUUAUCUGGUAUUGCCAUGGGAAAAUGGCGUGGCAGUAAACUGCAACCAAGACGAGAAGGCCCAUAUAAAAUUCUCACUAAAUUAUCAUCUGUUACCUAUGAAUUAGAACAUAUUAUAUCUC